AUGCUUAGAGAGAUUGGGGAUGGUCUAGAAGGAGGGGCUCUGAGUAUGGAAACUUCAUUGGAUGAAGAAUAUGGAAUCCCUGGUACUAGGAGUGCUGCAGUUGAUGAGACUCUUAGAGCACAACCUAAAUCAAAAGGACCAAUGGAUAGAUUUGUCACUUUAGAAGCUCGGCAAAGUACAUUAAAUUCAGCAUACAAACAAGAAGAAAGAAAGGAAGUUUGUCGAAAGAUUGGUCGUUUUUUCUUCUCUAGAGCACUCCCAUUUAAUAUUGUAAAUGAUCCAUUUUGGCUACCUAUGGUGGAAGGGAUUGCCGCAUAUGGUGUAGGAUUUAAGCCUCCAUCAAUGCAUGAGCUGAGGACUUGGAUCCUUAAGGAAGAAGUUGGCUACAUUAAUACGAUGAUAGAAGAACAUAAGAAAGCUUGGGCAGAGUAUGGAUGUACUAUUAUGUCUGAUGGUUGGACUGAUGGUAAAAAUAGAGUACUAAUAAACUUUCUUGUGAAUAGUCCAGCAGGUACUUGGUUUUUGAAAUCUAUUGAUGCAUCUGAUUCCAUAAAAAAUGGAACGUUAUUGUUCAAAUAUUUAGAUGAUGUUGUCAAAGAAGUUGGAGAGGAGCAUGUCAUUCAAGUAAUAACAGAUAAUGCUUCCAAUUAUAAGAAUGCUGGAGUGAAACUUAUGGAGAAGAGGAAGAAGUUAUGGUGGACUCCAUGUGCUGCCCACUGCAUUGAUUUGAUGUUAGAAGAUAUUAGCAAAAUGAAAGUUUUUGAAGAUACAAUUAGACUAGCCAAGCAAGUAGUGAAGUUUAUUUAUGGGCAUACAUGGGUUCUUGCUUUGAUGAGAUCUUUCACGAAAAACAAAGAGAUAAUUCGCCCUGCAAUCACACGGUUUGCCACUUCUUAUCUUACUCUUCAAAGCAUCUAUAAGCAAAAGCAACCUCUUCAGGCAAUGUUUUCUUCUAGAGAAUGGCACAAUGGACCAUUUGUCCAACAUAAUGAAGGUAUUAGGGCUCACUCAACUAUACUAUAUGAUGUUAAUUUUUGGUCUCGUGUUGCUUUCUGCAUCAAAAGUGUUAUUCCAUUAGUAUCGAUUUUAAGAGAAGUUGAUUCAGAGGAGAGACCUGCUAUGGGAUAA